AAGACCGAUAUUGUGUUCAUAGAAGUCAUUCGUCAUUUCCAAAUCGGAGUUUCGAAGGAUCACACCUAGUGAAGUAAAUGAUAACAAAGUGAGCAGUCGUAAUAAGUGGGUGAAACUGUAAAGUGUCAAUGAUGGGACUAAGAAGGAACUUGAGUGUUAUGCGGCUCGGGAGGUGCAUCGCAUUUCUUGCAGCGGCCGCUUUUCUACUGCCAUUCACGAUUCUAGUGAUGGUGGCUGAUCAACAGUACAACUUGACGUACAGCUCGAAACGGGUGUUUUAUCAAGAGAGCGACUUCUAUAGAGUAAAUGGGACUUAUAGCAUGCCAACAAUAACUAUAACAACACCUAAGAUGCGGUCACAGUUCAUUUUCGAUAAUAGCACCCAAGACGAAAAACUUCUAACAAAGGAGAAAUUUCUGGAGGUCGGAGCAAGAAUGGAGAGCCGCCAUGAUUACCUGAGAAGCCAGUGUAGCAAACUGGGCCUGGAUAGCUCUAGUAACAAAGCAAAUGCCUGGGAGUACUUAGUGAACAGACAGUACCACGUUAUAUGGUGCAACGUAUUCAAAGCUGCAUCGUCUUCUUGGAUGUACAACUUUAAUCUGAUGGCAAACUACACUGCUACAUUCCUAGAUAAGACGAAGGAGGUCUAUCUAGAAUUAGCCAGAAGAAAGUAUGGAAGACCUACAGUAUCCAUGAUAAAAAAGGCACAAGCUGAUUCCAUAACCUUCAUAAUAGUUCGGCAUCCUUUAGAAAGAUUAGUUUCUGGAUACAACGAUAAAAUUGUACACGCAUGGCCCAAGUCUUUCCACGAUAAAUUGGGACACAAGAUUAUAAGGAAAUACAGAAAGGUACCAGCGGAUCAAAAAGGUCCGACCGAAUCGUACCCUCUGUUUGAAGAGUUCGUGAGUUACCUGUUGGACGAGUGGAAGGCAAAGAGGACUCUAGACAUGCACUGGACACCGUACACUGGAUUCUGUACACCUUGCAAGUUCAAUUUCGAUGUCAUAUUGAAGUUCGAAACUUUGGACGAAGAUCAGAGGUUCCUGAUACAACUGGCUCGUCUUCAGAACGUUGUGAAGCCAGAAUGGAGGAACGUCGGCAAAACGAAUACGCUACACGAAAUAAGUCAUCUCUACUCAAGAAUCACUAAAUCACAACUUGACGGGCUUUAUCGGCUUUACGAAUAUGAUUUCAAGCUCUUCAAUUACACAAUAGAGAACUACUACGAGAUAGUGAAACCUGACGAGACUAGCGACCACAGAUAAACUACGAGCUAACUUAUUUAAAUCUAUAUAGAAAGAGAAUAUCACCCCAUAAUGCGCCUCUUUGUUCGCCUAGAGAAUAGACAUCGAAGGUUGAUGAACGAGGGGAAAAAUUCAUCAGUGAAGACUGAUCGUUGCCGAUGAUUGAUCGGUUUCUGUGUUCCCAUUGAAAUAUAAUGAAUUAACCCUAACGUCAAUUCGGGAUUUCGGUUGUUGUUGCGUACAUUUUUCUGAUACAAUGUCCGUGUUAUUACCAUCGUGAAAAAAACCAUUAUUGAUAUUGAUAUAUCGAUUGAAACGCCACGUUUGAAUCAUUAAAAAUAUAUAUUAAAAGAAAAUGUAUUUAUAACUAUAUAACUUAGAUUUUUAAAAUAAUUUAGCAGAAUAUGAUAGUUUUCUUUUGUUAUUGUUUUCGUUAAUGGUCGUAUUAUAAUGAUAAUUUCUUUUUGUUAUUAAAAAAGCAUUUUUAAUAAAUGAUACUAAUAUCAUAAACAUACUUUAAAAAAGCUCAACCUUUUUAGAAACUCGAGUAUCAGAUACAGUCGAUUUCUUAUUUAUAUUUUAGUUAAAAUAUUUUUAAUUAUAUUGACUGAUAGUUCAUUCCUGGGUAUUUAUUUGUAUAUUUUGCAAUGCAGAAUGUUGUGUGAAUAUCACCAUAUGCAGAAUAUAAGUUAAAACCAAACAACAACAAAAUUUUAUAUAGAAAAUUGCAAAUAGAUUAGCAUAUUUACCGUAUGAAAUUUAUUUUAUUUCUUAACUUUUAUAAAUGUGUGUUAAACAUAUUUUACUCUAAUUAGUUUUAAUAUGUUUGCUAACGAGUAUAUGUAAUUAUCUAAGACUUCUAUGUGUACUAUUACAAGCUGUAGGUACCUACUGAACACUAAAACUGUGACAGCACGAGUUGGCAUAGGCACGCUGUAGUGUCGCUUGCUAAGUGGUAAGUCGAUUAAACGAUGGUAUCAUAGAAGUCUUUGGUAGACUAAUAUAUAAUUCAAACGAAAAUUCCCUAGUGCUUCCAUAACACGUACAAUAUGGAAAUAGUAACAAGUAAAUGUGGUAUUAAAAAAGAUAGCACUAUAAUAGAGAGUCAGAAAAUAUAUGUCAUUGAAUAAUAAGAGUCAAAGUUGAUGUAACGUUAAGUAUAAAUAGUUGUUCUUGUAUUACUAUACUGUGUAUUCAAAGUUCUAUACCUACCUGAUUAAUUACAUC